AAGUCGAAGAGAGCAGGAGCCGGCGAGAGCUCCUUUUGAGUCCUCUUAACAAGCGGCCAGUUCAAAUUUAUCGUGUGACGGAUUACGAUUCGGUGUGCGGACCAAUCGACAAACAUGAAACUCAGCAUCGUCUUGGCAUGUGCGUUGUGCGUGACUUUGAUCAGCUCGACACCGCUUCCUGAAGGAGAACGUUUUCAGUCCGAGGCACUAGAUCGAUUGGUGACGGUCGAAGGAGACAACGAGAUCGCCCUCAGGAGAAAGAGGACAAUCGGUAUCCUGAAAGAACUGUUCCCAGAAAUAUCUCAGGACGUGAACCCGGAAGCGGAGGACAGGGUGAACGAGGUGGCGGCAGAGUCGCAGAACAACGAGGUGAAAGUGCAAUUCGCGGACGAGCAAGGAAGCAGUGAUGCAGCGGCACCUUUGACGCCGUUGGACGAGGUAGAAGCGGAAGACGACGAGAACCGGAACAAGAGGUUCCUCAACUUCGGCUUCGGCGCGUCUGCGGACAAGGGUAGCGGCGCCGGAUCGGGCAACUUCCUGUUCGACAUUAUCAGGCAAGCGGCCGACGGGGCGGCAAGAGCGGCGGGCACGGUGUACCGCGUGGUGGCAGGUACGCAGAGCCUAGGGCUCGGUUUAAGCGCCUCUCGGGACUUGGGCCCUGUUCCCCAAGGUGCCGCCCCUGCUGCCGCUCCAGCUGGUUCCUCGACCACGGCGGGAUCCUCGACCAGCGCACCGGCCGCGUCAGGAACCGGAAACUUACCACCGCUGGUGGCCGGUAGCGGAAGUGCCUCGGCUGGUACAGGAAAAGCGGAGGAACCACCAGAAGCGGUCCCUGGACCGGUCACUAGGCUCUUCGUUAUUGCGAACAGAGGAAUAUCGAAUCUCAUACAGGACCUCAUUCUUCGUCUUGCGGCGACGAGCGAGCGUAUCGUCAACUUCAAGGCAAGACUGAUCACUUCCAUCAUAUAGAACUCGUUGCGCGGGGCACAAGGUGUGUGGAAGUAAACGAGAAGAUCCGAUGGUCCUGAAAGUGAUCUGGAUCCACGUGGGAGCCAUUGUCGAGCCGUAACCAUUGUCGCAGGAACACGGGUACGACGUUGGCAACGUAAUCAGCCAACACGUUGCCCCCUUGUCCCCGAGGUCCGAAGUGUCUCGUCGAUGGUAGAUUCGUCCUCGUAACUAAAAAAACGUAACCUCGCGACUUCGUGUUUGCAAUCACUCGUGAUAUGUACUUGAUGUCCUCGUUCCCUUUCGUCCUUCCUCGUUUCUCUUCUUCUCUUAUUUACUUCCCGUCCUCCAACGAUUCUUCGACUCUCUUCGUUUCUCUUGUCUCUUUAUGUUAUAGUCUAUUAACAGCGUUCCCACUGUUAUUCGUCGAAUACGACUUGUGCGCUUUGUACGACGUACAUUGUUACUUGUGACCUUACAAACUUAAUUGUGUAAAUUAUACGUGGAUUGUGCAGAAUUGGGAGGUUAAGGUAUAUCGAGUGUUAAGUAUUGAACAUAUUUCGAUAUUAAAUAUUUAACAUAUUUAAUUUGUACAUUAUCAAGUUCGUAAUUUCCAAAUUACCUAAUUAUGAAAUUUCUUCGUAAUUCUCUAACAUCUCUUUUAUAUAAGGAUCGCAAUCAAAUGACCAAUUCUGCCCAGUACGCAGGUCCAGAUUGACCCGAGAAUAAACACGUAUAAAACGCACUCGUCGAAGCACUUCUCGCCCAGCCUUGUGAACGCAUCGCGCAGAAUUCCGCGUGAACUUGUACAUACUAGCUAUUCCCAGAUUGCAACAGUGCCAAGAGUCGACCCUUUUCUACCCUUGAAUCGAUAUAUCGGUUACCACCUGAACAAGUGCAGUCGGUGAGCGAAGACUGCGAUGGAUGAUUACCAUCAGCACCAUUCUAGGAAAAUAAGCACUGUCUGAGAUUAUUCUGGUAAACGUUAAACGAAUGGCAUCUUUGAUAAAAUUUUGUUGACACCGACUGUUCAUUCGCCGCAUUCGAUUAUGAAACGAUGCGCGUUCCCUUCGAACCGAAGAGAACGUUCAUCGU